UGCGUGACUGAGUCACCAGUCCCCUCUCACAGCCGCAUUUCUACCCACGUGUGCUGAUUUUAAUAUUUUAAUACCGCAAGGACUCAGGGAGAAAUUAAUUUAAACUAAGCGCUCUGACUGAGCUGUGCUGUACCGCACAGAUUUUCAUCAUCAGUGCAUUCGAGGAUAAAAACGUGCGCUUUCUGAGAAUUACAACUUCAGCGACUCAAGUUACUUAAAACGCAUGACAAUCCCAAAGCACCGCUUUCAAUUUAGCAGAGCGAAGACAGAGGACGCAGACGGAAGCAAGUACGUUCAGGGAUGAAAUGUAGCAACCAGAGUGUUAUAAAUGCACGAACUAGACAGAGUGCUACGUAGGUAUCAUAUAAUUGACUGAAACCCUUUUGUAGAAACAAUUAAGAGUCUGUCCUGUUAAAUUAGAUUAGGGGCGAGCGGCGUGCAAGGAAGGAUAGAGCCUUGAUGGGUCGAAAGAUCUCUGGCCGUUCCCAAAUUUUGCAUGCGUAAAAUAUAAACAGCAUUGUGUAUAAAUUUGGAGGUAGACAGAUUAAUGCCUCGGUCUCUCUCAGUGCAAGGUGCAGAACGCAUCGCUAAUGUAAUGACCGCCCUGGCUGACGCAUUCUCCUCAGAGGCGUGGCCUCGGGAAGCCGUUUGUUUUCACCCGGCGCAGCUGGUCGGGUCUCCGCCAAUCGGAGCGCAGGAGCGGGCGGUUUAAUUUUAAAUCUUGUUUCACUGGCAGCGGGCGGAUCCAACAGACUGAAAAAUACUGUCAAAGUGCACCUGGACAGAAGAGUGUCCACACUAACCGGUCUGUACUUUCUAAAAGCUACGGGUAUAACAUAUACCAACACAGUAUAAACACGUUUCUGCGAAGAUGUCGAAGAAACAGAUUUACUACUCGGAUAAAUACACGGACGAGGAAUUCGAGUACAGGCACGUCCUGCUUCCAAAGCAGCUUGCCAAACUGGUGCCAACAUCGCACCUGAUGUCCGAGGAUGAGUGGCGCAGUCUCGGGGUCCAGCAGAGCCAGGGAUGGGUACAUUACAUGAUCCACAAACCAGAACCGCAUGUGCUGCUGUUCCGAAGACCUCUCCCACAGAACUGAAGGCUGGGGCUGGGGCUGGGGCUGGGGUUGGGGCUGGGGCUGGGGACUGACACUUUUAAGCUUGUUGUUUCUUUUAAAACUGCAGGUUAUUUAAUCUGAACUGAAAAUGAUAUACAGUACAUAUUUGAACAUGUAUGUUACCUAUUGUAUUAUUUAUAAACCCUACAUAGUUGACCAAACUAGAAAGAAAAAAUACUUUUAAUUGCAUGAGAACAAUUAGAAAAUUGACCAGGAUGAAGAAACUGGAAAAGUACUAACUUUACUUUUAUCCUUUCUUUCUGUACGUUUGUUUUUUUGUGGUGUUUUGUUUGUAAAACUGUAUGAAACGCAGCAGUCUGCAUGGUAAAUGACUGCCAGUCCUUUCCUUUGGCUAAUGUCUGUCAGUAUUCCUGAACAGGCGUGUCAUCUGGAUGCUUAAAACACAGAUAACACUGAAAUGACAGCUGAACUGUGGCUAACUCUGGGGUUUGAUUCACUUGUUCCGUCAAUCCAUUGUAUUUAGAAAGCACUAGAUUUACUGUUGGGUCAUUCCACCCUAAUUCAUCAACGAUGCCAAAGUGGUUGCAUAUCUUUAAAAAAAAAAAAAAAAAAAAGCUAAAAUGCUUCUUUGCCUAAU